AUGCAGCCCAUCCUAGAAAUCCGCAGCGUUGAGGCAGGCCAAAUCGACGCUGACAACGAGUCCUCGUUCCCAAUACCUGUCUACACAAGCUCGAUUGCUCUGCAGUGCAACAUUGUCUAUCACAUCUCGUCACGCCUUCUUCUAUCUCGCAAACCUCGGCUUUUGCGACUGUCUAGUCGACAACGUCACCUCUCAUCGCUGAGCUGGCAUGCGCAGCAAAUCGCGGGAACGGCAACGCGCAACGAGUUUGCAGAGCAAUGGGACCCCAUUCUCGUUGCUGGGCUGUUGUGGAUCGCCAGGGACAUGACGCAUCCAUCGCAGCAAGAGUCGCUACUGUCCUGCUUCAGCCAGAUAUCAUCGAGCACGGGAAUAAACUUGGAUGAAGAAGUUCGCACACUCAAGGAUAGAUGGAACGUGUCACAUGUGAGGGGCCAUCAGCUCCCUGGCUGA